AUGGCUCCUCAAUUCUGUGAUAGCUGUGGGAUGAUUCUCGACGAACUAGCCAGCGAAACUAUACAAUGCGACAUCUGUGGCGAACUGAAUACAAACAGGCUGCUCACGCAGACGAAGGAGAUAGUGUCAACUUCCAGCAAUUUCCCGUCGAAGCUACGCUUCAAGAGAUCCCAAGUCCAGGUGCUGGCCACGCAGGAGCGCGAAAGCAGGACGAUCCAGGUAGACUGUGAGAAGUGCGAUGCAAAGGAAGUCACUUGGGCCGAGAUGCAGCUGAGAAGCGCCGACGAGGGAAGCACUAUAUUUUACAGCUGUUCAAAAUGCGGCCAUAGGUAA